CAACAGCAUUGCAUUUAUUUACCAUUCAUUUCGCGUGUUAGAGUUAUGCAACUAAAUAAUUUAUUAAAAUAGACAGGCCUGUAGGAAUAUUAUUGCACAACAAUUACUGUAUCUCAAAUCAAAUGUUAUUUGUCACAUACACAUGCUUAGCAGAUGUUAAUGCGAAGUGUAGCGAAAUGCUUGUGCUUCUAGUUCCGACCAUGCAGUAAUAACCAACGAGUAAUCUAACCUAACAAUUUCACAACUACCUUAUACACACACGUGUAACGGGAUUAAAAAUAUGUACAUAAAGAUAUAUGAAUGGGCGAUGGCCGAACGACAUAUGCAAGAUGCAGUAGAUGGUAUCGAGUACAGUAUAUGCAUAUGAGAUGAGUAAUGUAGGGUAUGUAAACAUUAUAUUAAGUGGUAUUGUUUAAAGUGGCUAGUGAUUAAUUUCUUACAUCUUUAAGGUUAUGCAACUAAAGAUGCUAAAAUUCGUGCUGUGAUUAAAUUAGCCUAUAAGACAUGUGACCAACAUAGCGAACCAUAGAGGCCAACAUUUCAUUUGCAAUGAAUAAAACAAUUUAGCAUCAUUUUACGUGCUUUCGGGAGGGACAAUCCGUUCGCAUAAUUUACAGAGGGUUUUAUACGCAUGCGCUUUCUGCCCAUCGAAUUCAUAUUAAACAGAAUCGUCUCUUCAUUAUCACACACAGUGAGUAGGCCUAGAUUUGAAUGCUUCUGUAACCGAUGUGAAAUGGCUAGCUAGUUAGCGGGGUGCGCGCUAAUAGCGUUUCAAUCGGUGACGUCACUCUCUCUGAGCGGUUGCGGUAGUUGUUCCCCUUGCUCUUCAAAGCCGCGGCUUUUGUGAAGCUAUGGGUGACGAUGCUUCGUGGAAGGCAGUUGUUGAUGUGUGCAGAGGGUCCCUGGUUCGAUUUAUAAACAUCUAUAUAUAUGUGUAUGUAGGCCUAUAUAAUGGUGUGAAAUAGACAGUAUAUGUUAUAUUGGAUGAAAUAGACAAUAUUCACGGUAAGUUAUAUAGGAUGAGCCUUGAAUAAAAUUAAGUAUGUAUAUGCAUAUGAAGUGGGUAAAACAGUAGGUCUAUGUAAACAUGUAUUUUUUGAUUUAUAAAUCGAACUUUUAUUAAACUAGGCAAGUCAGUUAAGAACAAAUUAUUAUUUACAAUGACAGUCUACACCGGCCAAACCCGGACGACGUUUGGCCAAUUGUGCGCCGCCCUAUGGGACUCCCAAUCACCGCUGGUUGUGAUACAGCCUGGAUUCAAACCAGGGUGUUUGUAGUGAUGCCUAUAGCACUGAGAUGCGGUGCCUUAGACCGCUGCGCCACUUGGGACCCCCCUAGUCUUCCUCUGGACAUAAUGCACCGCAGUAUGGCAUCGAGCGGCUAUUUGAAAGCGGUGAUGCUCUUCUUAGCCGUGCAGCUGCUGUUUUUUAGGCCAGGUUUUGGCGAGCAGGAGACAGGGACGGCAAUACCUGCCGAAAGACGUCCCUGUGUGGACUGCCAUGGAUUUGAAUUCAUGCAGAGGGCACUGCAAGACCUCAAGAAAACUGCUUUCAAGCUCGAUGCCCAGACUGAGACCCUGGUGUUGAGGGCAAAGAGGUGAGCCCUGUGUGGAUGCACGCCCACUAAUACCCCACACUGAGUUAAGUAGUGAUGUGCCCUCCCCAUGGCAACCGACUCCACACCCACUAUUACUGGACACCUUCUUUAAACUACUUCAAACACUGCCUGGACUAGACAGAUGUCUCUGAGUCUUCUUCUAUGGAAUAUUGUAAAACACAAAAAAGUUAAAUCAUUUGUACAACAUGCACUUUAUUGUCUUUGCUAACAUAUCAGAUAUUAUAUUGCAGUGGUUUAAUUGUACUUUGAAUAUAAGAUUUUAGUUGAUGAGUUCAGAAAACCAGCAAUGCGUUACUAUGUCAUGUAGGGCAAAGCAAACUACACCUCAUGUCCCUCUUGGUCAUAUGUGAGGUUUUGAAACAAAAAUCUAGAUCAUUUUAGGUAAUAAUGUAAGUACAUUCAAUGAACAGAUAUCUUUAUAAAAUGUGGCAAAAUAUCAGUGAUCUUCAAGAUAAUUCACAUAUAUACCUGGCAGCGGUCUUGAAUUCAAAAGAGCUGGUAAUCCAUAAUAACACCCGUAUCAUUUUGAGAAAGUUCCUUGGAAAGUGUUUUUAUAAUCAUGGGAACACCAGGCUUCAGAAUAAGUGUUCUUUUUAGUUCUCUGUGGUACCAUACAUCCUUGCUGCAUAAAUAUAAGGUAUAGACCUACACUCAUCUCCAUCAGUUAUAACAAAUGUCAUUUGAUCACACUUUUAUUGCUGAGAAUUUUCCUGCAGAUGAGCUUUGUGAUUUGCAUCCAUUCACUGAAAACCCACAUUAACACACGGUUAUAUAGAUUUAGUUUUAUUUAACUAGGCAAGUCAGUUAAGAACAAAUUCUUAUUUAAAAUGACGGCCUACCCCGGACGACACUGGGCUAAUUGUGCGCCGCCCUAUGGGACUCCCAAUCACAGCCAGAUGUGAUGCAGCCUGGAUUCAAACCAGGGACUAAAGUGACCCCACUUGCACUGAGAUGCCUUAGACCACUGCGCCACCCGGGAGCUUUUGGACAGCUAAUAGCCUAACCACCGAGAAUGCAACAUUAUGGACUAAACAUUCAAAUCCUGUUUUGCGGAAUUAUUUUGCUGUGACAGUACAGGUCAAAUUAGGAUCCUACCACCAUUUGAACUGGCAGCACAACACAUCUCCUUCGCAUAGAGUUGAUCAGGCUGUUGAUUGCAACCUGUAGAAUGUUGUCCCACUCCUCUUUAAUAGUUGUGCAAAGUUGCUGGAUAUUGGCGAGAACUGGAACAUACUGUUGUGCACGUCGAUCCAGAGCAUCCCAAACAUACUCAACGGGUGACAUGUCUGGUGAGAAAACAGGCCAUUGAAGAACAUUUUCAGCUUCCAGGAAUUGUGUACAGAUCCUUGCAACAUGAGGCUGUGCAUUAUCAUGCUGAAAUAUGAGAUUAUGGCGGUGGAUGAAUGGCACUACAAUGGGCCUCAGGAUCUUGUCACAGUAUAUCUGUGCAUUGAAAUGACCAUUGAAAAUUGCAAUUGUGUUUAUUGUCCGCAGCUUAUGCCUGCUCAUACCAUAACCACACCAUGGGACGCUCUGUUCACAAUGUUGACAUCAGCAAAGCACUCGCCCACACGACGUCAUACACGUGGUCUGCGGUUGUGAGGCCGGUUGGACACACUGCCAAAUUCGCUAAAACGUUGUUAGAAGCAGAUUAUGGUAGAGAAAUGGACAUUAAAUUCUCUGGCAACAACUCUGGUGGGCAUUCCUGCAGUCAGCAUGCCAAUUGCGCGCUCCCUCAAAACUUGAGACAUCUGUGGCAUUGUGUUGUGUGACAAAACUGCAGCACAAGGUGCACCUGUGUAAUGAUCAUGCUGUUUAAUCAGCUUCUCAAUAUGCCACACCUGUCAGGUGGAUGGAUUAUCUAGGCAAAAUAGAAAUACUCACUAACAGGGAUGUAAACAAAUUUGUGCACAAAAUUGGAGAGAAAUAAGCCUUUUGUGCGUAUGGAACAUUUCUGGGAUCUUUUAUUUCAGCGCAUGAAAUAUGGUAUGAAGGCAAUUUGUAAUCCAAUUCCAAACUUACCUUGAGGCCACAGGUAUGUGAUGACGUAGUCAGACACAUUUCCAAAGCAACCACAGAACAGGGAAUCCAAAGCUCCGAUAGUGUAAAAACAUACAUUUAUUUUCCAAACUAAAGGUAAUUUCAUUGGCAAUAUUCCAUCAACGAACAAAGUCGAAGCGAUCAGUUUUCAACUCCAAACAAAAGGUAUAGACUAGUAGCAGCUUUCUUAGUAUCGUAGCGCAAAAAACCCUGUGAGGUAGCUCCAUACCUGAGGCCUUGUAGACCCAUACUGCAAAACAAACAAAUAGGUAAGGGGAAGGGGAACAUGGGGAGAAAAGGCCUGUGGCCAGGAAAUGCUCCAUAAUGCUUUUAAAUACCCAUGUUAAUCAUAAUAGAAAACCAAAAACUCCAACUAUACUCCAUAAUUUAUAACGCUAUAUUUAUAGUUGUAUAAAUGGACUAAAACAAUAUAUUUAACACAAGUAAAGAAAAUGGGGAUUUGGCUCCAACACAUGGGACCCCGGCUGGUCCGCUCAUUAGGUAGGCAGAUUGACAAGUGCAGCAUUUUCUGACCUAAACUGACCACGACACACCUCCAACAACAACACAUAAAACCUCACAUAAUUCUGCCCAAAAACAAUGUCUCUCAACCAGUGACAUAUGGGCUUUCUAGGUGAGCGCUGAUGUCGCCCUUUGUUAAGCAUUGCCCACUUUGUCAAAGGCAGGGGGGGGGGGAAUAUUCCCAGCGCCUCUCCAGGGUGCUGUUGGAGAGAUGCAUCUCUGCAGCGCCACACCAACUUUCAGUAAAAAAAUGUAUCUAACAUAAAUCAUGUAGCAGAUAGAGAAUAUGCCAGAAAGAGUAUGUGGCCCUUUCUGUAGCCUACAGGCUGGAGAUCAAAUGUAUGAAGAUGUAGGAUCCUUUUACAUCAUGCAAUUCUCUCCGAUCAAAUAGAAAAUGAGCUGUAAUGUUAACAACAUAUCCUAAUAACAGGACAGGUCAAAGUAAAAUGGACAAUAUGGAAUGAACAAUCACAACUGUUGUACAGGAGUUUCACCCCAUUGUCAUCAUCAGUGGUUUGAAGUUUAUAUCCAUAAAUUUGACCGGCUGAUCAUAGCGAAAAAUAAAAUACUUCUACAUGUCCCACUGUGUAAACACAUUACAAAUAGGCUCGCAAUAAAUCCAGAUAAAGUUAAAUAACUCUGAUAUUCAAAGAUUAAAUCGCCAAAUUGAUUAGUCACAGGAAUCAGGACUAAUAAAACCAACACAACGGCUUGUUUUAUAAAUGGUGGGCCUACUACAUGGAUGGGCAUUCAUAAAAUUCCAUUGCGGGCGACAUGGUAGGCCACACCCCAGUAAGCACGAGCCUACGUCUUUAAGACGUUUUUUUUUGGUCCUGUCCGGACGUCGUUUUUUGGUGUUUUACAAAUGGUUUACCACAUAGAUGGGCAUUCAUAAAAUUCAAUUUCAGGCACGACUGUAGGCUACACCUCUGUAAGCAGGGACUGACUCCGAAGCCUUUUGGACGUCUUUUGGAAGCUUACACCUGCUUACACCUGUCAAAUUCUCUCAGAUCUCCACAAGUGCAUAGGGCUUAGGGAUCGAUUUGGGAUUGGGCCACAGUUCCCAUUCAUGCAUUAGAGGCUCAGUAUUUCAUUGUCUGACAGACAACCCCAGCAGCAGAAGAACAUUUGAUAAUCAACCCAUUUGUGUGUGUAUGUGUGUGUAAUGUAUACCAGUGUGUGUGUGUUAGGGAGUUUUGCUUGUUAUAGAUACUGCACAGGCCUGCCCAUCAACGCUAGUGGCAGAGACGCAAUUAUUAUGUCUGUGUCCUAAAUGGCACCCUACUCCAUAUGUGGUGCACUACGUUUGACCAUAGGCUCUGUUCAAAAGUAGUGCACUAUAUAGGAAAUAGGGGGCCGUUUGGGACAUAUCCUGUGUGUAAUAGGACCGACAUCUCCCCUGCAGAGAAUAGGUGCUAUUCGUCACACUUUAUCAACUACUAUCAGGCUAAACAAGGCCACACUCUCUUGGUGUGUGGUGUGUGUUUAUGUGUGGUAUGUGUGGCACAGUGACUGUGAGAUUGUAAUUUCUGUCUGAUGCUAUGUCCUUGGUCUACUGAUAUUUUUAUACAUAACUAGAUUCAGGGGCGCAACCUUGGUUUCAGAAGUUUUUUUAAAAAUCCAGUCGGCUAAACACUCAAAACAGCCUACCCAGCCACUCUGUCCAAAAGCACACUGUUGCCUCGUUUUGUGUCACA